AUGAAAUAUUAUCAUAAUAUAACGAAUAAUUUUUCUGGUGGAUUAUUUAAAUGUGUUCAAGAAGUAUCUUUAUUUGAUGAAUAUCCUUUUGAACAUGAAUUUUUUCUUCGAAUUUCUCAAUCCUUUCCAUUUAUGAAAAAAUUAACUGUAUCAAAUUUCAAACCACAAAUAUACAAACAACAUGAAAAAUCAAACGAUGAUAAUAAUAAACAUUGUUCAAUUAUCGAAUAUCAUCAUCUUACUGAAUUAGAUCUACUUAAUGUUCAUCUCGAUUAUGUUGAACAAUUUUUAGAUGAAACGAAAUCAUCUUUUACAAAUUCAAUAUAUCUUCUUGUCAAAUCUUCUCCAUUGAGAAAAGCCACACAUAAUUUUACAAGAAAUGAAAUGAAAGCCAAUUGUGCUAAACUCAAUGGUUUGUAUAUUUUCGGUCGAUUAAAAAAUCCUGAAAAUGAUAAAAAAUAUUUUCCAAAUGUAAAUAAAAUAAAAUUUGCAUGGUCUCGUCGAAUAAUUAUAUCAAUUGAAUGUGCUGUUGAAGAUGAAUUAAUUGAAAUUGAUAAUCAAUAUUCAAAAGUGAUGUCAUCUACUUAUUAA